CUCACCUGCAGCUCUCAUUGUCAUACCAGCCAAACCGGAUACCUCUCAUAUUUCCUCGGGGCAAAAUAGCAUCAAACCACAAACAUCUCACCUUAAAACGAGCUGCUGCCGUGAAGGCUCCACUGUAUCGAAUCGCUCCACCCUUGGCGCCCGGCCACUUGUCCAGUUGAUGAGCUGGCGACGCCCCUGACCAAGGGCAACUACAGCCAGGCCCCAAGUACAAUUUGGCUUGCCUUUUCGAUAUACCGCUGCUCCGGAACGCCUGGUGACCUGGUGGCCGACUGAAACCAAUCGAAUACAUCUUCACUCGCCAAGAUGGAUGUUGUUCAGGCGGUGGCCGGGUCCGUCUCCAAGAUGGUCUCGGCCGGAGACGGUGCCAGCGCUGGUGCAUCUUCCAAGAUGAAGAUCCUGUUACUGGAUCGAGACACUGUACCGAUCGUCUCCACAGCAAUCACUCAGUCCUCACUCCUAAACCACGAGGUUUACUUAAUCGAUCGGCUCGAGAACGCCAGCAGAGAGAAGAUGCGCCAUCUGAGAUGUCUGUGCUUCGUGAGGCCCUCAUCCGACUCGAUACAGUUUCUCAUAGAUGAGCUUCGCGACCCAAGAUACGGAGAGUACCACCUCUAUUUCAGCAACGUUGUCAAGAAAUCAGCUCUGGAGCGGCUGGCCGAGGCAGACGAUCACGAGGUGGUCAAGCUGGUCCAGGAGCACUUCGCCGACUUUGUGGUCAUCAACCCAGACCUCUUCUCGCUGGAUAUCCACGUGCCCCAGCACCGGAUAUGGAGCACCACUCCAGACAUGUGGAACACGGACAGCCUAUCGCGAGCCACAGAGGGCGUGAUAGCGGCACUCCUGAUGCUGAAGAAGAGGCCACUCAUAAGAUACGAGAAGAACAGCUUCUUGGCUAAGAAGCUGGCGACAGAGGUGCGGUACCAUAUCAACCAGGAGGACCAGCUUUUCGACUUCCGGAAGGUGGAUACACCACCUAUUCUCUUGAUACUGGACAGGAGAGACGACCCUGUAACUCCACUUUUGACGCAGUGGACGUACCAGGCUAUGGUGCACCACCUCAUAGGCAUCGACAACGGAAAGGUCGACCUGAGCGAUGUCCCAGAGAUCCGACCAGAAUUGAAGGAGAUUGUGCUUUCUGCGGAUCAAGACCCCUUCUUCAAGACAAAUAUGUUCCUCAACUUCGGCGAUCUUGGUGGCAAUAUCAAGGACUACGUCGAGCAGUACCAGUCAAAGACCAAGAACAGCGCCAAUAUUGAGUCCAUUGCAGACAUGAAGCGAUUUAUCGAAGAGUAUCCGGAAUUCAGAAAGCUGUCAGGCAACGUCAGCAAACAUGUCACUUUGGUGUCGGAACUAAGCCGGAGAGUCGGUGCCGAGAACCUUUUGGAGGUCAGCGAAGUUGAACAGAGUCUGGCCUGCAAUGAUAACCACGCCGCAGACCUUAAGAACGUUCAAAGGCUGAUCUCGUCACCGGCGGUGACCGUCGACAACAAGGUCGGCCUGGUGGCCCUGUACGCGCUUCGUUACGAGAAACAUUCGUCCAACGCAGUGCCUAUGCUCGUCGACCUCCUGUCAACAGUUGGUGGCGUCCCAGCCAGGAGAGCGGACCUGGUGACCAAACUGCUAGCAUACCAUUCUUCCUUGCAACAAUCACAAGCUGCGGGAGGAAUCACGGAUCUCUUCGACUCUGCCGGCAUCUUCUCAGGGGCUGGGAGCAGGUUCAAAGGGCUCAAGGGCGUGGAGAACGUCUACACACAGCACUCGCCCUUGCUCGAGACGACGCUACAAAACCUGGUCAAGGGCAAGCUACCGGAGCGGCAGUAUCCCUUUGUCGACGGGGGAGGCACGACCAAGGAUAAGCCACAGGACAUUAUUGUCUUCAUAGUCGGAGGAGCAACAUACGAAGAAGCGCGGAGCGUUGCCACUAUCAAUGCAUCGACCCCGGGGAUCCGGGUGGUGCUGGGCGGAACGACUAUCCACAACGCUACUACGUUCUUGGAGGAGGUAGAGGACGCGGUGUCAUCAUGGCCUGAGCCACCGCCAACCACCACGGCUGGGAGGUUACGAAAGGAGAUCGGAAGGAGGUAGCAUUUCAUGACGGCUUUGGUUAUGUUGCGCACGAACAGCGCCGCCGGCGACGGCGUACCUCACAGAGGCGGGCAAAAGGGCAGGUCUCAAUAUUCCAAAUCCACACACGCCCGAGCCUCUGACAUGGAGAUACUACUACACCGAUAACAAGGAAGAAGUUUGGUCGAGUAAUCUCAUGGGUCAGAUCUUAUUACCGUUGCGGGUGUGACUCUACACCUGGGCAGCCGCAUCCAAUCGCAUGGGUCCCAGUGCUGACGCUAACCGUGUCAUCAUGUGGCAAUGGGUGAAGCGGUGGGUGAAGAAGGAGGUAAGGAAAAGUGAGCUUCCGGGUCAGGAACUAUUUGCAUUCCAUCCCAUCUUGACCUCGUAGGUGAGGCAAAACCGCAGACCGGCAGCGGGAUCGUGCACAUUCUCGCUCAUGGUCAUCUGACGCGAGGGAUUAGCCCGUGUGGUUAUUGGUAGGGGUCAGGACGUCACGGCUUCCUGUCAGAAUCGAACCGGGGUAGGGGUUCGGGCCAUCUAUUUCGAUGUCAUACCUGGCAAGAUGUUCCAACUCUGGCCCUGUUUUGGCCUCCUUGGUCUCGAGGGUGUGUAUGUAAAAGAGCUGAAACGCCUGAAUGAGUGGCGUCCAGCUGGCCUGGGGUCUGGAGAAGCGAAACCCACCCACGCGCGGUUUGUUUACCAUGGAGGCUUUGAUGGCACCAUAUCCCGCAUCCUGUUCAAUUUGCGCUAUACGAUGUGCCAGGCAACUGCCGAUGUGAGCAACUCCGAGGCUUUCAAUCCCCACAGGAUCCAUACAGCCUUAAAAACAAAUAAUGAUAUACCUAUCGUACGAUGUUGGGCUCAGGCCCAUGUGGAAAGUCAACCAAGCAUUGCAUUGCCGUGGCCCUGGCAAGCCUGGGUCUCUUGCGCACCUGUCGGCACGCGUUCCACCGCCAAGCAUGUCAUGGGUGGGCAGGGUGG